AUGAAUAAUAAAGAAAUAUCGAACACAAGUAUCAGCACGUCAAAAGAAGUUAACAAAAUCUCACGAGCACGUCGAGGCAGAGCUGAUUCUUUAAAUCGGAAAUCGUCAAGCAAUAAUUAUUCCCACCGACGUUCGAAUUCAAGACAUCAAUCAAAAUCAAGACUAAAUUAUCGAGAAUUGGGAAUUGAUGAAUGCUGUCUUCGUUGUGGAAAAUUCAACCAUAGAUCUCAGCAGUGUCGUAUAGACAGGAAUCAAUUGAAAUGUAGUGCUUGCCAACGAAAAGGUCACGUCGAAAAGAUUUGCAUCAAAACAUUACUUCAAAAGAAGAACAGAAGCCAACAAACAGCAUCAAAUUCAAAGCCGACUAAUCAAAUCGAAGACAGCCAAGAUGACAUCAAUUAUCUCAAUAUCAAUAACGUUAUUAAUAUUUUCGGGGAAGAACGAAUAGAAAAAAAUGAUUCUAACAAAUAUUUUGUCAAUGUUUUAAUCGAAGGAAAAACUCAAAAAUUCGAGGUCGAUUCAGGAGCUGGAUUAACGUUGCUGCCAGAAUCAGCGUUUAAGAAAUUAAAACUAAAAGCGGAAAUGCAGAGAACAACGAUUCAAUUUAGAUCUUAUACUUCGGAAAUAUUUGCUCCACUUAGGUACAUUCAAACUCAAGUCGAAUACAAGAGGAAGAGAUCAAAUGAAACUGCAUACAUAGUGCCGGACAGAUUUUCUCCAAUACUAGGACGUGACUGGAUUAGACAUUUAAACAUCGAACUCAAAGAAAUCGACGGAAUAACUGCAAAUGUCACCAAUCAAAUAAAUUCAAUCGAUUCACCGGGUAUGAUUAAAAGAAUCGAAGAACGAUAUAAAAAAAUAUUUACACCGGAAGUAGGGGCUAUUCCAAAAUUCACUUGCUCCCUGAAACUACGACCGAAUUGGAAACCCGUGUUUAUCAAGGCAAGAGAAAUACCUUAUGCACUCAAGGAAAAAGUCGAACAAGAACUCAUCGAUCUGGAAGCAGGAGGAAUAAUAACGAAAAUAGAAUCAAGCGACUGGGGACCGCCGUUGGUUGUCAUACCUAAACCGGAUGGGAAGCUAAGGCUCUGUGUUGAUUACAAGAAAGUUGAAGCUAUAACAGAAAUAAAUCGACCCGCAAAUCCAGAAGAAGUGAAACGAUUUCUCGGCAUGGCUAUGCACUACGCAAGAUUCAUACCCAAUGCAUCAACUAUUACACACCCUCUACGAUGUCUACUUCGGGAAAAUACAACAUUCAAAUGGACAGCAGCCUGUGAAGCAGCUUUCAUAAAAUUAAAACAAGAAAUUGCCAGCAACCGUGUCUUAAUGCCAUUCAAUCCCGAAUUACCUCUUACAGUAGCGUGCGAUGCAAGCCCCACGGGAAUUGCAGCUGUGCUUUCACAUACUGUGAAUGGAAUAGAACGACCAAUCGCCUUCGCAUCAAGAUCACUAACAUCGGCAGAGCAGAACUACAGUCAGUUGGACAGAGAAGCACUAGCAAUAGUCUUCGGCGUUGACAAAUUUUUUAUGUACACUUACGGAAAAAAAUUCGACUUGAUUACAGAUAAUCGACCUUUAUCUCGCAUUUUCAAACACGAUGCAAAUUUACCACCGAUGACAGCAGCUCGUCUCCUAAGAUAUGCAACUUUUUUACAAAGUUUUAAUUAUGUCAUAAAACACCGGAAAGCCGAGGAACAUAUACAUAUGGACUGUUUAUCAAGAGCACCUUUAGCAACAACAUCCGGGAUGAUUGAAUCAACCUUUAAUCAAGAAGUGGGGAAAUUACGAGAUCAGUCAAUUAAUCAGAUUUCAACUAUAAUAUUAAAUCAUCAAACACUAGUGACAGAAACAAGAAAAGACGUCGAACUUUCAAAGUUGAAAAAUGAUCUGCAAACUGGAAAAGUCGUCGACCCCAAGAUUACAAUCGAAGAUGGCAUAAUAUUCAAACGAAACAGAAUCGUGAUUCCGAAGAGUCUUCAACCAAUUGUAUUAGAAGAGUUACAUCAUACCCAUAUUGGGGUAGUAAAAAUGAAGUAG